GGAGCUCUCUCUUUCUCUACUUGAUUCUUCCCUUCUGUUUCUCUUCCCCCAACCAACGGAUUGUACACUCUGAGCGAAUUCGAUGUCCGUACAGCGUAUCAUUCUACUCGGUCUGCUCCUCCUCCUCCUCCGCCUGAUCCCGCCGUCAUCCGGCGAGUCCCUCACAUGCCUCGCUGUCUACCGGGAGGGCGGUGCUCCGGCCGUUUUCCAGUCCCCCAAGUGCCCCCGCUGGACCCUCCUCGCCGACGACCCCCGCCGCCCGCCGCCCAACUGCCAGGUCGCCAUGCACCUUGGACGCCGCCGCUCCCAGGAAGACCGCACCAUCUGCGCCCUCGGCAUGCGGAUCCCCUUCCUUGGAAGAACGGGAAUUGAGGAUAUUGAUGUUGGCAUGGUAGCAGUCUUUGAUGGUCACAAUGGUGCAGAGGCUAGUGACAUGGCUUCCAAACUUUUGUUGGAAUACUUUUUGCUGCAUUUAUAUUUCCUCCUAGAUGGCAUAUACUCCAUUGUGCUAAGAAAUUCAGAUGAGAAGUUGACGUAUGGAGAACAGAAUAUGGUUUUUCAAGUUCUCAACCUGGAUAGAGGGCAGAACUGGCACAAGCGGGAUCCACAAAGGUCGAAGUGGAUGUUGCCUACAAUUUUUGAUGAGUCACUUCAUAUGGAAAUUUUAAAGGAAUCACUGUUGAGGGCAAUUCGUGAUAUCGAUGCAUCAUUUUCCAAGGAAGCCUUACAAAAAAAUCUUGAGUCAGGUUCAACUGCCACUGUUGUUCUUAUAGCUGAUGGUCAGAUUCUAGCUGCUAAUGUGGGUGAUUCAAAAGCUUUUUUGUGCUCAGAAAGCUUCCAUCCUCAUGAUCGAAAAGGCAAUAGGUCAAAACUUACCAGACGAAGAAGAAAUAAAGGUGCCAUCUUUCCAAUUAAUGAAUAUGGGAUCUCAGAGUUGGCAAAUUAUGAUGGACCGACAUAUUAUGUUAAGGAACUGACAGUGGAUCAUCACCCUGAUAGAGAAGAUGAAAGAAGCCGAGUGGAAGCUGCUGGUGGCUAUGUUCUGGAGUGGGCUGGCGUGCUUCGAGUCAAUGGUGAACUAGCUGUAUCUCGAGCUAUAGGUGAUCUUCCCUUCAAAAAUUACGGUGUUAUAUCCACACCCGAGGUGACAGAUUGGCAGUCUCUAACAAGCAAUGACAGUUAUCUUAUUGCUGCAUCGGAUGGAAUUUUUGAAAAGAUGACAACACAAGAGGUUUGUGAUUUGUUGUGGUAUGAGAAAUUAAGAGCACAGAUGAAUUCAGAUUCCAUUCAUACUAUAAAACACCCUUUGGCUGACUAUAUAGUUAAGAUUGCACUUGAAAAAGGUAGUAUGGACAACAUGGCAGUUGUAGUUGUUCCUCUGGGAUCUAUUAGUAUUUUUGGUUCUGUUGUGAAAGAUGGUUGUGAUUCAGAAGAAACCUCUGGCUUGUCAUUUUUUGGACUUCAUAGUUUCUUGCUCAAAAAGUCAGAUGAUGCAAUAAGUACAAGUCUUUUACCAAGAGAAUAUUUUGACCGGAUAACAUCAAAGUUUAAGCGAUUGUUGGUUGAGACAAAAUUCAAGAGGCUAGGUUGCUUCUAUCUAUCUGAAAAUCUCAAUGAGAACAUGGAAUAUGUUUUCCAAGCCCCAAAGGAAUAUCACAAAGUUGAAAUGCCUGACUUGUAUCAUGAAGUAGAAGAACCUGUUGUUUCUUACCACGGUGGAGGCCCUUUAGAACGGUAUAAGGAACAAAAAUUAUGCUGGCAUUUUGGGAUGCAUGAUGGAGACAAAGGGCAAUGCACUAGUCCUGAAGUUUUUGCUAAGUUUCUUGGUUUGCUUGAUUCAAUUCCUUACGGCGAUACUAAAUUCAACACUUCAGAAUCAUUUGGCUUCAAGAUACCUGAUUUUAGGUAUAUACUCAAGAGAAGGUUUGAUCGUGGAUCAUAUGGUGAGGUUUGGUUGGCAUUUCAUUGGAAUUGUUCUCAAGAUGGUGAUGCAUCUGAUCAGCUGCAUAAAAAUCUGUCUCAUGUUGCUAGUUGUCCACAUCUUCAUCCAAACAAGUGCAACAUGAGUACAAAUACUAAUUCAUCUGAUAAACAUUCCUUUACUGAUUCGAGUGAUGAUAAUUUGUUCAUUUUGAAGCGCAUAAUGGUGGAGAGAGGGACCACUGCUUAUUUGAGUGGACUGCGUGAGAAGUACUUUGGUGAACUUUUCUUAAAUGCUUCCAAAUCUCCUGGAGGUUUGAUGGCAACCGAAUUAUCGACUGCCUACUUGAAAAAUGUGCAGCUUGAUUAUUCCGAUCUGUUAAAGAAGAAUAUAUCAUACAUGGAAGAGUUUGAAUAUAUUUUUGAUCCUACGAAUAAAUUUGCUACUAAUUUCAGAAUGACACAUGUCAACUAUGAAGAAGGCUUAAAACAUAUAGCUAGAUUUGUGGAAUCUUUCGAGUCAGAAUCAAAGGAAAUCUGGCUUGUAUUUCGGAAUGAAGGGCUGUCACUAUCAAAGCUGAUAUAUACAGCAGAAGAAACAAAAUUGGUUACUGGUGUUGCAAGGGAUGGAGUGAGAAAUAUCCAGGUAUUACGUCCGUCCACCUGGUGGUACUGGUUGAGGACAACAGAAGCGGGACAACAAGAAAUGCAAAAUCUCAUAUGGCAGUUGUUGAUGGCUUUGAAGUCUUGCCAUGAUCGUAAUAUCACUCAUAGAGAUAUUAAACCUGAAAACAUGAUUGUAUGUUUUGAAGAUGUGGACACUGGAAGAUGCUCAAGGGAAAUUCCUAGUGGAGUAAAACCAAAGCAUCUCAGAAUGCGAAUUAUUGAUUUUGGUAGUGCCAUUGAUGAUUUUACCUUGAAGCAUUUAUAUGGGUCCGGGCCAACUAGAUCUGAACAGACUUUUGAGUAUACUCCUCCCGAAGCUCUACUGAACGCAAGCUGGUUUCAGGGGCCGAAAAGUGUAACAUUAAAGUAUGAUAUGUGGAGUGUGGGAGUUGUGAUCCUAGAAUUGAUCUUAGGAUCCCCACAUGUUUUUCAGAUAAGCGACCGUACGCGUGCUCUGUUGGAUCAGCAUCUUGAAGGCUGGAGUGAGCACACAAAGGAGCUUGCAUACAGAUUGAGAUCAUACAUGGAACUGUGCAUUUUGAUUCCUGGGAUCUCACCUCAACAUCAUCAGAAUGGUGGCACUAAGUACCCGGCUGGAGUCUCGCCAGCUUCCUGGAAAUGUUCUGAAGAGUCCUUUUCACAUCAAGUGAAGAGUAAAGAUCCUCUUAAGCUGGGCUUUCCAAAUGUUUUGGCACUGCGAUUGGUACGCCAGUUGUUAGUAUGGCACCCUGAGGAUCGUCUGAGCAUUGAUGAAGCAUUAAGUCACCCUUACUUUCAGCAGCAGCAUAAAAAAAAAUCUCAUGUGGAAGUUUGAUUUUUGCCUGAUUUUCGGCUGCUUGGUGGUGCCCAUAUUGCGAACCAUAUAUGUUGGAAAAGCUUUAGGUUCUGGCUGCUGGACGGACCAACCUACCUGCUGUAAUCUUCAUGGUGUCUGAUAGAGCAUAACGUACCAUGCUAAGUUUUAGUAGCAGGGAACAUCAUCCUUGAGGGAAGAUGCUUCAGAGAUAAGUUAGGCGGAUACUCAGGAUAAUGCUGCAACCCCUGUUCGCAUAAUACCUGUUAUUCAUAAAAUGGAGAGCCAGGUUAAUGAUUUUGGCUUCAGCAUCUACAGAUGAAGAUGAGCGCUCAUGUGGAAUGCUUGUCCAAGCUUGGGUCUAAUGGGAGAGUGGAACUACAUAUGGAGCAACUAUCUUCUAAUCUGAUGACACUGGUACUCAGGUGCAGAGAUUGAUGAGAUAGAUGGAAAGCAAGAAUCUGCACAUGCAAAUGAUGGUUGCGUGCAUGGGCAGCUGAUAUUUAGUUGGAAGAGAAUGCCAUCGUGCAUAUGUACACUCAUUGCUAUGAGAAUUGAAUUGACCUAAAUGUAUGUUCUGGCAUGAAGACGGUGAAAAUGCUUCAUCAUAUCUAUAAAAGGCAGGGUAUUUGUAUGGUCAAUUGUAACAAGCAAUGCAAUUUUAUAUUUGUUUGCACUCUUUAAAUUGCUGAAAAUUAAUAAAAGUCCAAUAUUUUUGAUAUUUAAGAUUAUACUGAACAAGCAAAAAUGAGAGAAAUAUAUCUCAAUUUCAUCCUGCUGAGAUUAGAAAAUUUAUUUUGAAUGCUUUUUAUAUAUAUUGAUUUUUAAAACCAUAUAAGUUUAUGGAUAUCUUGUCAUAUGUUAGUCAAUAUCAAAACUUUGGAAGUAAAUAAAAACAUAUUACAUAUGUUUUUUGGGGGGAAAAGUAAUCAUCACAAUACAUAUGGCAGCACAUGUUAUACAUAAAUAUACAGAGGAAAGAAGGCACCAUGCAGAGAAUGAUUAUUAUGAGCAAAGCUAAAACAAUAUAGAGCUGACGGUACGAACCUUAAAAAGUAGAGCAGCCAUCAA